AUAUAGGCGGUCAGUAGGUGUCACACCUUACAACCAUAAGCAUUGAAGCAGGCACGCCUCUACACUCGUCAAAACAGAAAAACAAAACAGUGAUAUAAAAUAUAUCUUAGUUCUCUAAAUUGCUAAAGUUCAAACAAGUAUUAAAAGUGAAACAAUGGCUUAGGCAGAGGUUAUUACGGAACAUGGAGCGUGGAAACCGAGUAACUUUUAAAUCUUCAAUUUAGAAAGUUUUUGGAAUAUGUGUCGGAUUUCUGAGGAAACCCUGUGCAAGAACUCUAAUCAGUGAAGAUGUCAAAAUUAGUUAAAACUCUUUUAUUGGCUUCGAUUGUUUUACUUCAUAUCAAGGAUGCGUCUGCUGAAGAGAGCAUAGAUGUUAAAGAAGGGGCAGAUGUUAUUUUAUCCUGCAGAUUUCCCUCUAGUUUGCUGGAAAAAGAAUCUACACUCUACUGGAUUAGAUCAAAUCGAAGAAAUCAUGAUAAUGUUGCAAUCGGCCAAACUGCCUUUCAUCAAAACUAUAGGGUUGAGUACUCCCCUGCUGAAGGACUAUACGACCUCUACAUAACCAAUUCUGAGUACAUGAGAGACAAUGGGAGGUUUGAAUGCAGGAUAAAGGAGGAUGGUACAGGAGUAGAACUAUACACUAAGACGAUAUCCUUGACAGUACUUGUCCCACCGCAACUUCCCACUUUGUCUGCCUCCGCCGCCCAUGCUGUGGAAGGGCAGAGCUAUCAGUUGUCCUGCUUUGCUCGAGGCGGAUCUCCUCCAGCACAGAUUUCAUGGGUUCGAGCCCUAGAUAGGGAAAUACUGGAAGGAAACCACACAGAAGGUUCAGGUUCAACCUUGGGAGAUGAAACCGAAUCAGUCAACGUGCUGACCCUCACACCUAGCAGAGCUGACGAUGGGGCAGAGUAUGUCUGUCAGGUUUGGAAUAGAGCACUCUCUGGGACUGAGCUAAUGGAGAAAUCAAUGAAUAUCAGCGUUAACUAUUUUCCGGUCGUAUCAGUUGGUCCUGAGAAUCCAUAUAAAGUUGAACUGGAGCAUACUGCUGAGAUGAAAUGUGAAGUUGAUGCAAAGCCAAUGGCUGCAAGUGUUCGCUGGGAGUUCAGUGGUCGCUUUAUUGACACCAAUUUCAGACACGUUAUACCACAGGUGUCCUUGGAGGAUAGUGGUAGUUACUUCUGUUCUGCGGACAAUGGUUUAGGACAAGGGGAUAAAGAGGAGUUAGUUCUUGACGUCCAAUAUGGCCCUCUGCUUGAAAUAUCUGGAGAGCUAGAAGUAGAAGAAGGAGAGACAAUCUCUUUAUCUUGUCAAGCAACUGCCAACCCUAAGCAUAUAGGAAUUAGUUGGUAUCGGAAAUCAGAUGCAGGGUUUAAACAAGACGGCCCUGAUCUCAAGAUUAAUAAGAGCAUGGCUAGAGAUAGUGAUGAAUAUACUUGCUCUGCCUUUAACUAUAUUCAACCAACAGGGACAGAGAGAACUCUUAGAGUUUCAAACUCAAGUGUUUUGGUUAACGUGAGACACAAGCCAGGCAAAGCAUUUAUACUGCCUGAAGAGGCAAUAGCUGUUGCUGGUCGAAGUGUUACUUUAGUCUGCCAAGCCAAACCCCAGGGAUAUCCCGCCCCUUCAUUUAGAUGGUGGAAGGAGGGGCGUGACACGGAUAUUCUUAACACCCUACCGGAAUAUACCAUUCAAACGGUAGAUACUGGAUCUGUAGGAAGAUAUUAUUGUCAACCUACGAAUCAACUAGGACAGGGAGAAACAGCAUCAGUUGACUUGCAGGUUUACUUGCCUCCUAAGAUGACCAGCAGCCCACCUAGUAAUAUUCUAAAGCGUGAAUUUACUAGUGGACUGCAGAUAUCCUGCAGUUCCAGUGCUAAACCUAAACCUGGACUUCGUUGGUUUAAGGAUGGAGUUGAAAUAUCUCAAGGGGAUAGUAAUCUCUUUAAGGUUUCAGUAACGGAACAGGGUCAGAAUGUUCUCUCUACUUUAAGUUUUGUUGGAGAAGGGAGAACUAUGUCCAACCAAUUGACCUACAAAGACAAGGGAGAUUAUUCAUGUCAGUUUGAAAACCAAGUAGGACGAGCCGAGACUACUGUUGAACUGCGGAUAGAACAUAAACCAGUUCCUGCACAUAAAUAUAACAAGGUUGCAUAUGAUAUUGGAGAAGAAGGAACCAUUAGUUGUGUGGUAAGAGCUUACCCUGAACCUAGAUUUGAUUGGACCCUAGAGGAUGAUGUCUUAGAGUCUGGAAGAAUCAACUAUUAUUCCAAUGUAACAAAAUUAGAUGAUGAUCUAUUCAAGUCUACGCUAGUUGUCUCAAAGGUGAGAAGUUCUUCGUAUGGUUUGUAUGGAUGCAGAGCUUUAAAUAGCAUAGGCGCAGUCAGUAUGCAAAUAAAUAUGCAAAGUAAAGGUGCCCCGGAAAACCCUACAUCACUGAAUCUAGUUGAAAUCUCUGCUGAAUCAGUGUCUUUAUCUUGGGAGCCUGGCUUUAACGGAGGACAUGAGGAUACCGAGUACUCUAUAGAGUAUACAAGAGUCGAGGAUGAAAAGAUUGGUACAACUGGUUGUACAGUGUUCGAAAAGUGUAAUGUUACAGGUUUGAACCAGUACACAAAGUACAGUAUACGUGUACGAGCUCGGAACCGGGACGGAGAAAGCAAAUGGUCCGAACCUGCCGUUUUCACGACUCUUGUUGAUACAAACAAGAUUCCUAGCCCUGACAGUAUUAUAUACGAAAAAUCAUCUGGGAUGGUUCACAUUAAGGUACCUCCUACACAGUUAACCUUGGUGGUAGAAUUGCAGAUUAAGCAAAAAGAUGAAGAUCUUUGGGCAGCACAUUCUCAAACUCCUCUACAAGAUUUAAAUUAUCAAAUACCAGUCAGCUUUGCUGAUCCUUCUACGCUUUCCAGUGACACAGACACGCCUGUAUCUGCACCUCUUCGUGCUCGUCUGUGCCUUCAAACCAACAUAACUGCGUGUGGACCUUAUGUAAAUUCCGUGGUUGUUGAUACAUUAGAAGGUGGGCAGCCCUGGCUUGUAGCUCUUAUUGUGGUGGUGACAUUGUUGGGACUUGUUGCAGUUCUUAUUGCCAUCAAGUGUGUUUGUCAUACACGAAAAACUGGAAUAAAAAGCGGUGUACGCGCAGCAAAAAUACUUCAUCCAGGCGCACUCCAACCCCACAACCUAGACCAGUACAAGGCACAAAUGUUUACUAUCGCGGGAGAGAAUCAACAUGGGACUCGACAAUAUGACAUGAGCUCACAUCAGAUAGAGCAGGCGUCAAGUAACUCACAAUCAGACUCGGCUAACUCUCAAGAACCUCUCUGGUCUUACCAAAAGAGUCCUAGUGAAGGAAUGGAUCUACAUUAUCCCCCAGCAGCACUUGCAGGCUAUGACCAGUAUCCUGGGUAUCCAUAUAUAGAUGAAACUCCAACAGAUCCUGACAGAUACUUCGGGCAUGACCAGGAAGACUCAUCUCAUCAUAGACAAAGCGUAGUUCUUUCUGGAGAAUAUAACUGUAGCGCUGCGAUGGAAGGUUCUGGAUAUUCUUACAAGGGUUUACCUGAUCCAGCUACUUACUUCAUUCAUUCAACUUCACCCAAUAUAUUUAUUACAGAGUCCCCACCAGACGGUCUUCAAACUCCAAACUCAAGAGCGAGACGAAUAGUUCACGAAGUCAUCGUUUAAUGCCGCAAUUAUUUAUUUCAGCUAAUUUAUUUUAUAAUUGUCUUCCAUCUGGUGACGUUUUUAUAUCAAAAAUUUACGCGACUACAGUUCCUUACUUAGUGAUUGAAUUGCUUUAAGUCAAGUGUGCUAAAAAAACGUUACACAUGGCAUAUGCUUUUAUACGUUCUAAUGCAGAAACUAAUUUUAAAAGUAAUGUCUUCUGUCUUGAUCCUGUUUUGUGCCAUAUCCAUUAACAUUGAAACUAUAUAAAACUAUUUUGUAAAGUCUAGUCAGUUCAUUCAUAAAAUGUACCUUCGUUGGAAUUUUGUAAAGGAAUUGACUCUUUGCCACAAACUCUGAUUUUCUAAUCCCAAUAUCUUUGAUC